AUGACGACACCUUAUAGACUAAAUGGAGCAACAACAACAACAACAAAUGGUCAAUGGUAUCAGUUUGAUCCUAAUGUACAUUAUUAUUAUGAUGAGCAAGGUCAUAUACACUAUUAUGACCCUAAUACAAAUCAAGAGUGCUUUCCAUAUACCCCCAUCUCUCGACAAACAACGCCCGAUGUCCUACUUCCCUGUCCCGAUCCGCAUUGUACGGGUGAAAACAAGCCGAGGAGUAAGUUUUGUGAGGAGUGUGGUCGUCCUCUGACGAUGUCUAGAUCAGCUACACCGCUGUCAUCUGUCACUCGCGCUCUUUCGUUGCAACAGAUUAGCGAUCCAUAUGCUCUUCAGAGGUCAGCCUCGCCUCGUCCUGUGAUGAACCAACAGAUGCAAGAAAAUGAUUUUCUUGCUAGAAAAAAGGGAUGCCCCAUCGUCGCAUUUGGAUUCGGUGGCAAGAUUGUCGUUUCCUUCCCACAGCGGGUGCCAGACUAUUAUACGUCCACGAUUCACUCUCGGCCUGGGCCUAUCAAGAUCAAACAGCUCAAGGAAUAUUGUCAGCCUUCUUCUUUUCCCGGCCCUAUCUUGCAUGAUAGUAAAGUGGGAAUCAAGCAAAAGAAAAAGGACGUUGCUGCCUAUAUCACUCAAAGGCUCGAGAUAUUUGAGAAGGAAAAGACGUCGUUGUUACCAGCGUCUGCAGAAUAUCACAAGUUGGAAGCAAAGAUGCUACUAUGGCAACUGAUGAAGGUCUAUGUUGAAACAGAUGGACAUAUUGAUGACAAGGACAAGAUGGAUCAAGCGAUAUUAGAUGUCUUACGUCCUUCACUUCCAAACGAAGAUGAUACCCAUUUUACAUUACCCGCACAAAAUAAUGAUACCUUGUAUGAGACAGACGAUGACGAUUUAUCGGAUCGAGUAUUAUCUAAAAUAGAGCGAUACUUGAUGCGAGGAGACCGCGCGGGUGCUGUUAAUUAUGCAAUGCAGGAGGAUCUUUGGGCACACGCUCUCAUCAUCAGUAGUUGCGUUGGAAAGGAUCUCUGGCAGCAAGUCAUUAGUUCUUUUGUCGAUCGAGAAAUGAAUGCAACAGCCGAGAUGAGAAGGAACAGGACGUUUCAUAAUAUUGCCGGUAGCAACCAGCCUUUACGCGUGCUUUAUUGUCUAUUUUCAGGCGUAGGAUCUGCUGCAAUGAAAGAAUUUAUACUAAAUGAUAUCCAGUAUGUCAAUGCACCCUACUGUCCCGCAACAGCAAAACCAGUAGUUGAUGUGAAGCAACUAAGCAGAUGGAGAGAUACAAUAGCGAUUAUUUUAGCUAAUCGAACCCUGAGAGAUUCUGAGGCACUGACCGCAUUGGGAGAUAUCAUGAAAGAGCACGGCUGGAUUGACGCAGCUCAUAUCUGCCAUCCAUUCGGGCAUAGACAUGAUGAACGUUCGACUGACAUUGAUCGCCAUCACUUGAAGCAUUCUGGAUGCUUACCAUUCUUGCAAGGUUACAAGUUAGCUCGUGCCUGGACUUUGGCAGAUCUUGGAUACUUGGAUGAAGCAAGACGAUACUAUGAGGCAAUUGACGAAGCUGUCCGUUCACACAUAAAGAGUAGUCCGUACCUGCAUCAACCUCUGAUCGAUCAAUUGUCUGCGUUUAAGGCUUACUUGGAAAACGCAUCUGGUAGAAAAUCAAGUGUCGAUCCUAGUUCUUGGCUAAAACCAAAUUUCCAAAAGAGAACACUGACCUCGCUUUGGGGAACCUUGGAAGGAAGCUUUACGAAAUUUGUGAGUGGUGAAGAACUUCCUGCGGAAGAUGCUGCACCAGCACGAAAAUCAACUGAAAUCAUGGGUCGCUAUAACUAA